AUGGGUAUUUCUCUCAGUAAAUUCACGUCCAAGCGCAAAUCUUCAACACCAGCACCUGAAAAAAUGGGCUCGACACCAGCAUUCACCCACUUCUCCAAAGUCCAAUCGGAAUUCAAGCCUCCUUUGAUCGCCAAUGAGAACGCCUACCUCGGCGACAUCGCCAGCAGCGAUAAGAUCGAUCCGGAGAAGCCCAUCAGCUGUGGCAUUUACAGACUCGAGAAGGGCACUCCCCUCGUUUAUACCUAUACCUACCAUGAGAUGAAGAUCAUUUUGGAGGGCGAAUUCGACAUCAGCGACGAGACCGGCCAAUCUGUUCACGCUGUCGCCGGUGAUGUUUUCUAUUUCCCCAAGGGCAGUGUCAUUACCUUCAAGACCAACACCUAUGGAUUGGCUUUCUACACUGGACAGCGCAAGGAGGGUGCCGCGUAA